AACGCACUGUUUGACACUAUUUGCUUCCCCUUCUUUCACAUGACUAACUUCUUGUGACUCGCAUUCCUCUAGCAAGCGAGUAGCUAAUGUUAGUUACUCUGUUUUAAAUUGAGUCUGUUAAAUGGUCUGAAACAAAGGAGUGAAGUUUGGCAAAGUAAAGGUAGGAAAUUUGAAGGUAUUGUUCGACUGAGAUGGCGACUUUACAUGUAUUACCUUGAAGGACCUGGAGGAAGACUGCGUCAACAUCAUUUGGAAGCGGCUUGACGAAUUUGGUGAGGACAGAACAAUUAAUGGCAGCUAUGGCUGAGAUCAUUGUGCCUGACUCAAGAAGGUGGGACUGUCACCUCUGAUCUGAGAUGCAUUAACUUCUUCCUGUAUGAUGGAUCAAAGGUCAAGGGUGAGGGUGACCCUACAAGAGCUGGCAUCUGCUACUUCUAUCCUGAAGAGACACCUCUGGAUAAGCAGGAGCUGCUGUGUGGACAGCUGGCAGGCGUGAGCCGCUGUGUCUCUGAGCUCUCCUCCUCCCCUGUACGUCUGCUCAGGCUACGGCGGAGCAAGUUCGCCAUCCGCAUGAAAGACAACUUUUUGUGGGCCUUAAGCUGUUCAGUGGAAAUACCAGACGUCAGUAUAUGUGACUUCCUGGAUCAGCUGAUAAAUCUCUUUAGUUUCUAUAACGGCCCUAUCCGCCAGAGCUACCAGAUCUACAGUCAGGAAGAUUUAGCUGUUCGAUGGACCCAGUACCUCUCCCACUUACAAGGAGGUGCCACUGAACUCCACCACAUCUUCAGUGUCUUGAGCACCAUUGACUCUACACAUAUUGACCCACUUCUCCUACUCAAGGCUGCCCUCAUUCUGCAGGCCUGUCAACGCUGCCCCCUUGUGUUAGCUGGUUGUGUACUCUACUGUGGCAGGGUUGUCAGCACACAGAUGCCUCCUGAUCUCACAGUGAAAGUCAUGGUUCAUGAAAUGGAAACAUACAAGCAGGAACAGAGACCCAAUGGACUGAGUUCCUCCAGCUCUUCUGGCAGCACUCCUCUAUCUAGCCCAGUGACCUCCACCACUGUGUUCCUGACCGCCACUGAACUACAGUAUCUCCGCUCCGCUCCUGUGGACAGAGAAUCCAGAUCCAAAUCUACCCAAUCUACUCCAAAGGAAUCAAACCGACCUAGGAAGUCCCGCCUCCUGUCAAGAACUCUAUCUGACACACCAACCACUGAUCCGCUUGACCCAGACCCCACCCACUACGUGCCACUAUCCUUCCAUUAUCCCUCCACUCCCCAGUCAACUAUACCUGAUGAGUCGCUAUUUAGCCCAAGUCCUUCAUUUCACACUCCUGACCCUCUCAGCCCUUCACCAAUCAAGGUCGCUCCAGAGACCUCUGGUCAUAACUUGUCCAAUGGAAAGCUGUACCAUGAGGUGGAGGAGAGUGUCACAGGAAGUUCGUACGACCACAGUUAUAACAGCAUAGAUGGUGGGAGAGAUGAAUCGGCUCUUGCAGAAGGAGGCAGGUCAAUGCAAAACAAGGACCUGCAUCACAUCAAUGGACAGAAUGGAGGUAGUAUUGUACUGAGUGGAGAGAGAGCUGUAGCCCUCCGGUUCAGAGGUCAGGAGUCCCCAGAGCCUGGCAGUCAGAGGAUGGGAAAUGUGUUUAAGGUGUUUAAGGAGAAGGAAGGACAGGGGAGUAAAGGUUUACUGCAGGCUGAUACUUGUGAUGUGCCCCCCUACUCCCCUUCGCCCGGUGAGAACUCUACAGAGGCCCCUCUGCUCCCCAUGUCGUUGUACCAGCACAGGGUGAGAGGGCUGGUACUGGCCCUACUGGUGGAGCCAGACUUCCACAACAACACUGCAGCCACGGAGGAAGUGUAUCACAGCAGCCUGGCAUCUUUGAACGGACUGGAGGCACAUCUGAGGACCACUGCUCUGGGGGCUCCCAGCCCACAUGGACCGUACACCUUUGCACACUUUGACUGUAUACAGAACACGCUCACAACCAACCUGUCUGGCAGGCCAGGGGGAGCCCAGGAGUGUUCCUUUGUGAGAGCCACAUCGCUGCUCCACUCGCAUUUCUCUCACACUGAAGCUCUGCAGGAGGCUAUUGUCAGGAGCGCUGGUGCAGCUGUGUACGGGACCCGCAGUGUGGCCCAGGAGACGUACUUCCUGCAGAAAGGCGGAGCAGUGAGAAACUCUGGCAUUCCUAACCACCAGGACAGUGCUUUCUCUCUGCCCAGCAAGGCCCGACACAGAUUAAUGAAACAUGGGGUAAACCUGCUCUGACUGACCACAGCAAGGAGAGUUCCACCAGCACUACUCAGCACUCACUCUCUACUCAGUCACUGCUCUGAAUAUGAUACUCUUUAAAUUCAUUUCCAACACAGUACUUACACUGAACCUUUUUGCAAGUUAAUAUAAGCACUUUGUAAAGAAUUAUAGGAUGUUGUAUGUUAUUAACAUUUUUAAGAAAUGUUUAAGAAAUUUUUGCUUUAUCUGAAAUGUCGUCACUUGUUUGCUUUGCUGCAUGGUUCUUGUCCUAUCUUGGUCAGGUCAUUAUUGUAUAACUGAAUGUUCUCAAUGACUUAGCUGGUUAAAUAAACUAUUUACAAGAAUGAUGA